AUGGCACACCAAGCACACAAUAUCCCAUGGAGUCUUCUGGCCUCGAACCUCCACUGGCGCACAAUCUCUUGUGGUGACCAAAGCGUCACAAAUCUCCGCCCUACCAUGAAACCUAAUCAGGGCAAAGAGCUCACCUACUUUGUCAAAGCGUUUAUUCGAACCAUCGACGAGCAUUCAGUAUGCGAGCGCAAGAAAUUCCCCUCAGUAUACAAACCAGCCGAUCCGACAGAACUUAUUCUCGACUCAGCCACCGUUCAGAAAAUUUCCCCUACCGUCCGCAGAUGGCGUAGCUAUGGCUAUGGCCUCAAUCACAGAUGCCCUAGUGGAAUCUGCGAAGUAGACCGAUACAGAGAAGUGUGUCAAUGCAUCCCCAUCCCAGACGAAGAGAGAAAGGCGUCCGCAUUUCUCCGAUUCUCUCGUUCCAGCCCUUGCUACCAGUUCUGGAAUGAGAACCGUGAAGCGUUCUUCAACGUCGAAGUGGUGAAAACUUUACUUCUGCAUGGGGAGAUAGACACUAUUCUGCGCGUGUGUGCUCUGCCUGGAGUGAAUCUAAAGCGAUGGUGGCGUGACAGUGAAUGCCAGUGUAAUCACCCUGUCCUCGGAUGGGACCAAGUAUGUAUCAAGGCCCUCAGGGCCUACAUAUGUCUGAACACGAUCUACUGCUUUCCAGAGAUAUGGGACGACGCUUCCGGCAGAACCGCGGCGAUGGACUACCGCAACAGCAAAUUCUACCAGUACACACUGAGAACAUGCACGGGCACUGGGCAGACAUCAGAAGUGAGCACAUACCCGCAUCGACAAUUCUUCGGGAUAGGCAACAGCCAAUUUGGAGGCGAAUACUGUUAUCCGGAGGUCAGAAGCACACACUGGCUACGAUGGGCGGAUAGGAAGCUUCAGGAUGAUAGAUGGCAUUAUUCUCGUCGGGCCGACCAUUAUGGGAAGGUGCCCAUCGACGAGUUCCUCAGCCUGGAGAAUGAAACAUUUGCAGGUCAUCAGCCAGGCUUGUCCGCCGUGGCACUUGUUCAGGAUUACUUGUUUCGGAAAGGUCUGCCGGCGGAGCUGGUGUUGAACGUCAUGGAGCUCGCUGGGUAUGAGCCGGUAGGACGAUUGAACGAGCCACAUGAUCCGUUCCACCCAUCAAAUCGCAAAGAAUUGGCUCAGUACCUCACAUAUUGUUGGCGACUGCUAGUCCACUGCGACGUGAUGGCCAAGGCUCUUGGCAUGAAACUUCCAUGGGAAGAACUUCUCGGCGACUGUAUUGCUGACUUCUGGGCUGAUGACAGGCUUGGUUCUGGGAGAUUCUUUUGGUAUACACUGGAUGAGUACAAUAUCAAGAUGCACAAAGUUUUCAUCGAGCCUUGA